AUGAUCCCUAAAGCGGUGGGUGUAUGCACGCGCGAUGAACGUCACGUGUUCGGCUCGCUGCUGUCGCAAGACUCCACCUACAAGCUGAUGAUGCACGUGUGGAAGACUGCGAGGGUGCCAGAGCUGGCGGUGCCCAAGCCUCAGGAUCUCAGGUCGUCAGAAGUUGAGCUGGACCCUUCAGAGUAUUCGCCAGAGGAUGACAGCAGUUCCGCUGGCGGAGACCAGCCAGAUACACCUUCGCCACCCGUGCGAAGAGAAUCUGAGGCCAUCAUCACUGCUGGAGCAGCAGUAAUUCAGCCGGCAUUGCUAACCGGCUCGGCCGCGCCUCGCAAGCCGCCGGUACGCUGGGGGCGAACAUUACUCGUGUGCGCGUUCGUAAUGCUCGCGCUCUCCGCCAUAGUGCUGUCGUACAAGCUAUAUGUGGCGCGCGCGCAUUCGCAGGAGGAGCUAAGCAAGCUAUCAGGCGAAGAGCUAUAUUCAGAACUAGUCAGAUGGCGGGCGCGGCUCCACGGCCGAGCGGCGGGCGAGCUACACGCGUUCCUCACCACCAACCUGCUGUUGCUCACCAAGGUCCGACAAUCGCUCGAAGCACUAUCGGGUGUCAUACUGACGGACAUGGCUCAACCCGGUCACCAUACUGACGUGCCCAACGAAACCGUCUUCAGUUAGCGCCCGCAACCGACCCUGGAUUAAUGUAAGCGUAAUAAACCACAUGAGCGAGCUAAUAAACCAUAUGAGCGAGCUAAUAGGCCACAUGAACGAGCUAAUAAACCAUAUGAGCGAGCUAAUAGGCCACAUGAACGAGCUAAUAAACCAUAUGAGCGAGCUAAAAGGUCACAUGAGCGAGCUAAUAGGCCACAUGAACGAGCUAAUAAACCAUAUGAACGAGCUAAUAGGCCACAUGAGCGAGCAAUAAGCCUCUGGAGUGAUAAAAAUAUGUCAAACUACAGUAUUCACUAGGCUACUCAAGAAAUAGUUAUCCUAUCAUGCGAGAAUGAUAAACCAAACAGAUGCAAAUGUAGUAACUAAGGAUAAGCAAAGCUAGGGUAGUUCAACGGGAUAGUAUAACCAAGCUAGGAUAGCCAAGCGAGCUAGGUUAGCCAAGUGAGUGGAGAUUGUCUGAAUUAGGGUUCCCAAAUAAGCUAGGAGCCAAGUAAGGAUAAUCCAGCAAGCUAGGGUAACCGUUUGAGCUAGGAUAGUUUUACAAGCUAGAGUUACCAAGCGAGCUAGGACUAGCAAGCUAGGGUAGCCAGAUAAGCUUAAAUAUUGCAGAAAAAAUGCUGGAAGAACCUCUCAAACCUAAUGGUUAAACAAAAAGCAAGCAAUUUUAUACUGAACAGUGAUAAAGGUCAAAAUGCGGGUCAUUUUAUUAGUGGUAUGCCAUAAGCACUUAAAAAAAACGUGAUGCUAAAUAGUAAAAAUAAAUACUUUAAUCUUAUUUUUCAAUCAUCAAUCCACUUGUUGUAUAACGCAGUACAUUCAUGGUUCGUAUAAACAAUAAACAUAAGCAUAAAAUAUUCAUUUAUUGAUGUAUAAUAAUAUGCAAAGAUUUGUAUACGUCCAUUGUCCUUAAAGUUAGUGUGACGAAGAGGCAUGCAAGAAUUCCAACUUGGUUUUGUAGCAUCAAACUAAAAAUUGUAAAUGUAUGUUUGUUAAGAACUGGAUAGCAAAAAUGGCAUUUCGUAAACUGGAUUUAAUUGCUCUUAAAAUCUAAAUUCAUACAGACAUUGUGCAUGAAUGUGUAUGAGUGUGCGCUCAACAUUAAUAUGACAAUGUAUGAUACGUAAAAAUGAACUGUUUGUUUUUAUGAUCAUGAAUUUAGUU